CUCUGAGACAGAAUGGCGUCAGGAUCUUCUCCCUUGGAAGAGGAGCUCUCCUGUCCUGUGUGCUCUGAAAUAUUCAGGGAUCCUGUUGUCCUGAGAUGCAGUCACAGCUUCUGUAAGGCCUGUCUGCAGCAGCACUGGGAACAGAAGGGAUCUCAGGAGUGCCCAGUUUGCAGGAGAAGAUCUUCUAUGGAUCCACCUCACCCUAGCCUGUCUCUGAGGAAUACCUGUGAGGCGUUCUUAAAGGAGAGAAGUCAGAGAGCUAAAGCAGGAUCUGAAGUGCUCUGCAGUCUGCACAGUGAGAAACUCAAACUCUUCUGUUUGGAGGAUCAAAUACCCGUCUGUGUUAUCUGCCAAACUUCAAAAAAACAUGAAAACCACAAAAUGCGCCCAGUUCAGGAGGCUGCCGAAGAGUAUAAGGAGAAACUCAGGACUGCACUGGCUCCACUGCAGGAGAAGCUAAAAGCCUUCAAUGCAGUGAAACUAAUCUGUGAUCAAACAGCAGAGCACAUCAAGAACCAGGCCCAGCACACAGAGAGACAGAUAAAGAUGGAGUUUGAGAAACUUCAGCAGUUCCUGAAAGAUGAAGAGGCAGCCAGGAUCACUGCACUGAGGGAGGAAGAGAUGCAGAAGAGUCAGAUGAUGAAGAAGAAGAUUGAGAAGAUGACAGAAGAGAUAUCAUCCCUUUCAGAACAAAUCAGAGCCAUAGAACAGGAGCUGGGUGCUGAAGACGUCUCAUUCCUGCAGAGAUGUAGAGAAGUAGAGAAACGAGCCCAGUGCACACUGGCGGAUCCAGAGAAGGUCUCCGGAGCGCUGAUUGAUGUGGCCAAGCACCUGGACAAUUUGAAGUACAGAGUGUGGGAGAAGAUGCUGGGGUCUGUUCAAUACAUGCUGCCUGUGAGGGGGCAGACACAGGUGGAAAAGAGAGUGGUGGAAGACCUUCUGGAAGCAUUUGGGGAGGAGGCCCUGAAGUACGCUGUUGUCCUGUUUACCAACGGAGACCGGCUUGAGGACAACGAGACCAUCCAGCAGUUUGUGGAUAAACGUGACCACCUGAAAACACUUGUCCAAAAGUGUGGAAACCGGUUUCAUGUCAUCGAUAACAUAUACUGGAAUAACCCCACUGAGGGUGACGAUGAAGUCAGAAGCAACGUCGUUCAAAUCAAAGCGCUGCUGAACACGAUUGAUCAGAUGGUGGAACAGAACGUAGGGGAGUGCUACACCAACGAGAUGCUCCAAGCUGUGGAACAAGCCAUAGAAGAGGAAAUGGCAAAGGUUGAAGCUUCCUCCAGGAACUCAUUAGGAUCGACGAAGAUGAAGAUGAAGGUCGCACACUGGAGCCGCACGCCGUAG